AUGAACGACGGCGCGGCUUAUCUUCCUCAUCCUCCAAAUACCUUUCUUACCUGGUCUUACUCGUUCACCACAUUCGCCCUUGUUGUCAUCGCAGCCCUCGCGCUCAGCGUUGCCGGCGCCCCAGUCGAAAACAGCCUCAUCAAAGGCCCACCACCCCCAGACGACAUGAGCGUCUGCGGCAAAAUCGCCUACACCGCGAAGGCCAUUAAGGAGACGAUCAAAGACAAACUACGAGGAUGCCUCAAGAUUGGAGGAAGCGCUAUGGGUUAA